AUACUGUGUGAGGAACUUGAAAGUGUUUGCCAAGUUGAUUUGACCAAUAAUAUUAUGCCAACAGUGAAAACACCCUCUCUGAAGCAUAUAAAAGCAGCCUGUCACCGGUCUCCUUCCCAUCUAACGGUGCAGAUCAGCUCAGCUCCUGUGACAGACAGAGACUCUGACGCCAACAUGCUCUUGUUCCUCUUCUUGUUUGGUCUGGCUCUGGGUGCCGUGUCUCCUUCUGAGGAACAUGAAGUGAAGCUACAGCGUGGCAGCUGUCCCAUGUUCUGGUACAGCUUCAACAACCGCUGCUACAAGUACGUCGCCACACGUAUGACCUGGGCUGAUGCAGAGCUCCACUGUGUCUCAGAGGGAGCCAACCUGGUGUCUAUCCACAGUCUGGAUGAAGACAAAUUCGUCAAAUCCCUGAUCAAGAACUUUGACCCUACUCAGGGAUAUAACUGGAUCGGACUGAGCGACACCCAGAAGGAAGGGGCAUGGAUGUGGUCUGAUGGUUCUGCAAUCAACUAUGUCUUGUGGGGGAGUGCAGGACAGCCAGACAACAUUGGAGGAAUUGAACACUGUGUUCACACAAACUAUUACAGAGAUUUUAAAUGGAACGAUUACACAUGCUCUAAUACAUUAUCUUUUGUUUGUGUAUCUCGCACAGUCUGUCCAUAGCAACCAAGAAGAUUAUGUCUGAUUGAACUUUGCACCUGUUGCUCUGUAGUAAUACCUUAAGUCUGAACAACAAAGAUACACGGGCAAGUGUG